AGUUAAAGAGAGAGCAGACAAAGCAACCACGACUCAUAUAAGAACAAAAUUUAAAGGAGCACACACACACACUCCCGUUUCUCUCGUAAUUACUCACCACUUUCUUCUUUGUCCUAACACACCAUCAAUCAAAUGUUUCUCAGGAAAAAACUCAAAACUUCUCCUAAAGUCGCCGCCAAACCGGAUAAACCGGACCUCGCCGAAAAACCUGAUCUUCUCGAUGGACUACCGGACGAUCUUGUCGUUUACAUCCUCUCCAAGCUCAGCUCCUCCGCUUCUUGUCCCUCAGAUUUCAUCAACGUCCUCUUAACAUGCAAAAGAUUGAACCAUUUAGGUCUUCAUCCACUGGUUUUAUCAAAAGCUGGUACAAAUACACUCGCAAUCAGAGCGAAGAACUGGUCAGAGUCGGCGCACCGUUUUCUCAAACUGUGUGUUAACGCCGGCAACACCGAUUCCGCCUACGCUCUCGGCAUGAUCCGGUUUUACUGUUUACAAAACCAAGCGAGCGGAACCUCUCUAAUGGCUAAGGCCGCCAUCAAAUCACACGCGCCGGCUCUUUAUUCUCUCUCCGUGAUACAGUUCAACGGCAGCGGCGCUUCUAGAAACGAGAAAGAUCUCCGAGCCGGCGUCGCGCUGUGCGCCCGAGCCGCUUUCCUCGGGCACAUCGACGCCGUACGUGAGCUAGGUCAUUGCCUUCAAGACGGCUACGGCGUGCGGCAAAACAUCGUGAAAGGUCGCCGAUUAUUAGUCGAAGCUAACGCACGUGAAUUCAUGCAAUCUUCACCUUUACCUCUGACGCGGACACCUCAUCCCAAACGUUUACAUUGCGGUUCAACUACUUCGGGUUGUCCGUUAUUAAGUGAUUUCGGGUAUAAUGUGGGUGAGCCCGAGAUGCACCCGGUGAACAGAUUCUUAAAAGAGUGGUUCGAGUCGGGUAAGGGUGAGUUAGCCCCCGGUUUAAGGUUGUGUUCGCAUAGGGGGUGCGGUCGACCCGAGACGCGUUCACACGAGUUCCGACGGUGUUCCGUUUGUGGGACCGUAAAUUAUUGUUCUAGAGGAUGUCAGGCGCUUGAUUGGAAGUUGAGACAUAAGAAAGAAUGUGUACCGAUGGAUCGAUGGAUUAUUGAGGAUGAUGGUGAUGGGGUUGAAGGAAUGGAGAUCGUGGGAGCUGGGAAUGUGGGGCCCGUUUGAUGAUGGGGAUUAGAAAGCGAAUUUUAGUGUGAACUUGGGGGUAUGAUGUUCAUUUUAUUUUAUUUACUUUUGUGUAGAUAUGUUAUAAA